AUGGCUGAGUCAACACAGUUCCUCCGUCUGCUGCUGACGUUUGUGGUAGUGGUGGAGUUGUUAGAGCCCAUUCACCUAGCCGAAGCGGGUUUGUUCGACAGGUUCAAGAAGUGCGGCAAAAACAAGAAGAGCGACUACGAGUAUGAUGGUACUCUGGCGAGAAAGAUGAUGGCGUACAGUGCCACAGCGUACGUCAAAGAACACGACCUGGUCCGUACCUGGACCUGCUCAUUAUGCCGGCAGGAUCUGACUGGAUUCGAGCCGUUGACGGUGAAGGAAGACGAGCUGUUCAGGCUGUCCUACUACGCGGGGUAUGAUCCAGCCUUGAACGCCAAUGUCCUCGUCUUCCGUGGAUCAAGAGACAAAACAGAUCGUGUGAGCCAAGUUCUUAAUUGGAUCGUGAACCUAGCUGCCUUCCGUGUACGGCCCAAAGACCUGGGAGGAAAGAAGAAAAUACCAGGAUACGUCCACUAUGGAUUCUACAGAGCGUUCAAAAGACUGCAAACUGAUGUCUUGACUAACAUUGAGACGCUGAAAGCUGCUCAUCCUGACGCCGAGCUGUACGUGACGGGGCAUUCCCUUGGAGGCGCUCUUGCCGUAAUGGCCACGAUCGACAUACGAGUCAGGGGAAUCUACACAAAUCCUAUCAUGAUCAACUUCGGUACGCCGCGUGUGGGAAACGGCUGUUUCGCGCAGUACUUCUCCAAAAAGGUCCCUCGCAGUAUCCGUGUGGCCCACCCAGGAGAUAAAUUUACCAAAGUCCCUCCUCCGUCUAAACUAGGCUACCGUCACGUGGGCCGCACAGUCUGGGACAAGUCAACUGACAGCCAUAAUAUCUAUCUUGGUUACAGCAAGAUCACCUGUAGACGUCGCCGCUCGUCAGAGUCACUCCCCGACACCAACUCUGAGCCUAACAUCAGCCUUGCUCAAGAUAGUCCAGACCAGCGUUGA